AUGGAGUCCAUAAUCGCUGAUGAAAUGGUGAGAUAUUUUACAAGUCUACAAAUCAUCUCCAACCUUCAACAUGGAUUCAGACGCGGACGAUCUUGCCUCACCAAUCUACUACUUGCUCGGGACUCAUGGACCAGGGCUGCUGACGAGGGAGUUCCCGUAGAUGUGAGUUACUUAGACUUUUCUAAGGCAUUCGACAGAGUCAAUCACCCAGCACUUCUCCGAAAGCUUGCGGCUUAUGGUAUCCACGGAUCCUUACUCACAUGGUUGGAAAGUUACUUAUACGACAGAAGAAUCGAGGUAAGGAUCGCCAACACCCACUCCGAUAGCCUAUGCGUCACUGGCGGCGUACCGCAAGGAUCAGUUCUCGGCCCGUUACUCUUUUUAGUCUAUAUCAACGACCUCCCUGCCAACGUUCAAUCACCUAUGCAAAUAUUCGCCGACGAUGCUAAAAUGUGGCGAGCUAUUCAGUCAACAUCUGACCCUGUCUAUCUGCAGGAUGACCUGAACCGGAUUCACGAAUGGGCAGUAAACAACCAACUACCCCUGAACCCCGAAAAGUGUCACCUGUUGUCGCUGCGCAGUAACUGCAGCAACACAUAUCACCUGGGGCAGCGCGUUAUAAAACAGGUGAGCAACGAAAGAGACUUAGGGGUCAUCGUGCAAGAAGGUCUGGGUAAUUCGCUCCAAUGUUCAAAGGCAGCUAACAUAGCGAACUUAAACUUGAGGCUUUUGAGGCGAGCGCUCGGUACCUUCGAGCGGCAACUCGUGCCAUUAUUGAUUAACGCCUACAUUCGUCCCCACCUCGAGUAUGCGGUGCAGGCAUGGCGUCCGUGGUUAAAACGGGACAUUCGUCUCCUGGAGCAACCACAAAGAAGAGCCACUAAGGCAACACGUGGUCUAUCGGGCCUUAGUUAUGAACUGCGCCUUCGUUCGAUCGGUCUGUACUCCUUAGAAUACCGACGACUUCGCAGUGAUCUGAUCCUCACUUACCGGAUACUAAGAGAAGAGGACCAUCCAUUAAUGCCAUACUUCAGACAUUACAGUAACAGACAUAGCACACACCCAGUUACGUUUUCUUACAACCAACUGGGUGGGUGGAAACCCAAUCACAAUUCGCACGAUAAGGUUAUCAAUCGUCCCGAAGAUUUAUUCUUGUCAGAGGAACGCGAACUUCUGGACACACCCACGGAUGCAGCAGUCAACAUUCUGAGCCACCACCCACUUACUAACGUCGAUAUGGCUACUUACUACCCUGACUGGCAUCACUUCCUUCACGGGGAUGGUAACCAAAGAUGUCUACCGAUUCCUCAAGACAUGCUACUGUGUCAGCACGUAGGAUACAAAAGAAUGAUCCUUCCCAACUUUUUGCAACACGAAGAUUACAAAGAGGUUGUGGACGAAUCGCAGGUGUGGGUUAGCUUGGCACACACCGAAUGUCAUGCUGAUCUGAAAAAGUUUCUGUGCGCUCUUUAUGCCCCCGUAUGUCUCGAAGAAUAUCAAGAACGUAUGAUAGCUCCCUGCAGUGAUUUGUGUGAAGAGGUUCGACAACAGUGUCUUCCAAAAAUGCUUCAGUUCGGAUUUGGCUGGCCAGAUAUUGUGGAAUGUUCCAGGUUUCCUAGAAGCUCAUCCAAAAUGUGCAUUCCCUUAACAAACAAGACGAGUCCCCAGUGUGCUGGCUGCGUGGAUAUGCCGAAUUAUGAGAGUGUCGUGAGCAGUUUUUGUACAUCAGAUAUCGCCCUGCGAGCCCGCCUCUCUAACACCGCGAUUAACAGAAGCAACAUUUCAAGGGCCGCUUCAUAUCAAAUCAGGUUGGCUGGGAAAGUGAAGAUUCUCAAAUUCAAGUCCCCAAUUCGUCCUCUCUGGAGCCUGAAUAUUGAAAUUAAAUGUGAGUGCAUAGCUCUGAAGAAAGCCUUCGCGAGCGACGGAGUGCGACCUGGGAAAUGGAUACUCAUGGGAAAGCUAUCAAUUGACCAGAAAUCCCUCGAAGUGGGAUACUUAUCAUUACUCCGGAAACCGGAGACAGGAAUGAGAAGAGCACUACAGGCGAUUCGGCGGAGAAAUACAAGUUUGUGCCAUCUACCAAAAAGCACUGCACGUGCCCGAAUGAAUAGCAAAAUAUUAACCAACGUAACAGAUUCCACGAAGCGGAAGUAUCUGGGAGACUCAGCUGCAUUGCAGCACAUUCUAUCAGGCCCAAACCCUGCUUACAAAACAGGACUGCUCCAAGAAUCCGUUGGGCCAGUUAUCGCUGCGAAGGCAAAAACAAGAUAUACAAAACCUUCCUUAAUGCGUUCGAGUAAUCGUCGAGCGCUUAUCAAACGCAGUCAAAAUUAUUACCCCAGGGUCGAAUUCACUACUGACCUGCACCUGGGUGUGGGUAACGCAGUGAAGAAAUCUCUAGGUAAAGCAAAGUUUCCGACAACUGGCAAAUCGUUACAGCUAAGAAAACAUGUCAACAGAAAAAAGCAAAUCGAUGGAAAUUUGUUGUUGUUGGAGUAUGAGCGAGACUUGUUCUCACCUCAGAACAUGGUACCAUGGCUGUAA